CUUGAUAUUAUUGCGUUCGAACUUUAAUGAAUGAAGAAAUAUAUUGAUGUUUGUAAUAUAAAUCAUUCUGUUAAUAAUCGAUAUUCAAUAGAAUUAAACUACGUGCACAGUGGUUGAAUAUCUUAUGAACUUUAUAAACAUUAAGGUGGAUAAGUGGCAUAUUCUUGUUAUGUAAGAAAGUUAGAUACACGUGUGUGUUUGAUACAAUGAGUGAUAGCACGCUGUGAGUAUAGAUCUCUGCGAUAGAAACGAUCACACAACAUCACGACUGAUUGAUUGUUUGUGAUCAGUAGCGAAUUACCUUAGAUAUUUCGACGAGGAAAUUUACACUUGCUUAUAGGAAACAAGGUAAGAAAGUAAGAUGCACGUGUGUGUUUGAUACAAUGAGUGAUAGCACGCUAUGAGGAAAUAUCUCUGCGAUAGAAACAAUAAUACAACAUCACGAACUACUGAUUGUUUGUGAUCAGUAGCGAACUAUCUUAGAUAUUCGGACGAGGAAAUUUACACUUGCUGUAUAAUAGAAAACAGGUUUCAAACAGACAUCCGAUAUCGAUCCCUCAAUACAUCAUAUCGAGGACUCUAUUGGCAGCAGAAAAAAACUCAUUAGCGAGUUUUCUCCUUAACAGGGAUGAAUAUGUUUGCAGUGUCCACGUCCUGAACUAUCUGUAUUGCUUUGGCUUGAUAAUAUAUUGAAAACUUAAACCUUAGGAAAGAAAAAUCCGUUAAUUUGAAAUAUUGGUUUAUAUCGUUGCAGAAUGAAUUAUUCUGAAAGAAGAAAAUUGAAUUUAAGGUUGUCGUAAAUCAAAAUGAAAGGAUUUAUGUAUCUAAACAUUAAUUCAUUAUGUGAAAUGUGAGAAGCAAAACUCGCGAAUGUGCAAUGAAUUCGUAAUAGGAAAGAAAACUUCAGAGAAUAGUUCACGCGCACGAACUGUAAGAAAAGCAUGGAUAUAAAAAUGAAAUACAGGAUAUUGUUCGGAUUAGCUGUGAUAGUUUGUAUUCAGUGCAGUAUAAUAAAACCGUCGCAUUUUGGAGAGGAACAUGUAUACAGCUUAGAAAGACGUAGCACAAAAGAUGAUACGCAUGUUUCUACAGAUAAAAAUGGUCAGUCAGACACUUCGGAUGGUGAUAAUGGGCAUACUGGCAACGACACAGAGACUAACCACACUAAACAUCAUUCCAUGCAUGUGGCAAGCUGGCAAUUUGAUCGCGUGAAAUCCCCUUUCAUCAUCGCUGUUUUCUUAAUUUCAGCUGGAAUCGCAAAACUAGGAUUCCAUCAUGCCAAUUUUCUGUCAUCCAAAGUCCCUGAAUCUUGUUUGCUUAUUAUACUUGGAACAAUUGUUGGAGCAGUAUUAUACCUUACAUUACCUCAUGAUGACGAAAACCAGCCAACAAUGAGUUCAGACCUAUUUUUCCUGUAUCUGCUACCUCCGAUCAUUCUAGAGUCUGCAUACAGCCUACACGACAGAACUUUUUAUGACAACGUUGGAACAGUCAUGAUAUACGCAGUGUUAGGCACAGUACUGAAUUGUUUCUUAAUAGGUCCUUCUCUUUAUGGAAUAUACAAGAUCGGCGGAAUGGGAGAAACAACGUUUGAAAUAAACUUUGUACAGUGUCUGGUAUUCAGUGCAGUUAUUGUUGCGGUUGAUCCUGUGGCGGUUCUGGCGAUAUUCCAAGAAAUAGGUGUAAACAAUACGUUAUACUUCCUAGUAUUUGGUGAAUCGUUAUUUAAUGACGCUGUUACCGUUGUGCUUUAUAACACGAUGAAGACACUGAAUCUUAUGCCACAUAUUACAGCGGAUCAGGUGAUUAUAGGAGUGGUACAGUUUUUUGUUGUAAGUAUUGGAGGAUUAAUCGUCGGCGUUAUUUGGGGAGCUAUCACCGCUGUACUCACAAAAUACACAGAGCAUUGUAGAGUUGUUGAACCUUUAGCAGUAUUUGUAUUAGCAUACAUAUCGUAUCUUAUGGCAGAGAUGUUCCAUUUUUCUGGAAUCAUCAGCAUUAUUGGGUGUGGCCUGACCCAAGCACAAUAUGCAUUCCACAAUAUAUCUAGGAAAUCACACACAACGGUGAAAUACUUCAGUAAAAUGAUGAGUGCCACUUCAGAUUGUGUGAUAUUCAUGUUCCUUGGAAUAUCCUUGUUCAAGAAAGACGUCUUAACUCCGGAGCACUGGGACGUCGGCUUUAUAGCGUGGACAUUGUUCUUUUGUCUGUUAUACAGAUUCUUAGGUGUUUUUCUUCUGACAUUUAUCAUCAAUAGAGGAAAACGUAUGAGGAAGAUUGAUAUGGAGGAGCAGUUUAUUAUGGCCUACGGAGGUUUACGAGGCGCGGUGGCAUUCUCGCUUAUUGGUGUCUUAAGCAAAGACAAUCUUCCAAAAGGCGUAUUCCUCACAACGACAUUGGUAGUCAUAUUUUUCACAGUCUUUGUACAGGGUAGUACAAUCAAACCACUUGUGAAACUUUUACGUGUAAAGAUGGAAGACUCACAGAAAUUGCAGCUGUAUGAGGAAAUAACAAGUCACGUGACUGAUCAUGUAUUGGCAGGAAUAGAAGAGAUAACUGGUCAGAGGGGCGAACAUUAUUUCAGGGAGAUGUUAGAAUACUACAAUUCAAAGUAUAUUAAAAAUUGGUUACAACGAAAUCCAAUUAGCCAGGACGAAAAGAUUAUGCAAUACUUUGAAAAACUGGCUUUAGAGCAGCAUUUUGAGCAACUAGCUGGCUGCAAAAUGAUCAUAGAGAAAUAUGGAAGCGAUACAAAUCUAACCGAAGAUAUGGAACUUGAACCAGAAGAAAUAGAAGGAGAAAGUGAAGUUGGCUCAAUUGGAGAUGACAUAGUAUUGCCAAUUGGCUCUGUACAUUCCAGUUCUGAAGAUAUUGGCUCCGAGCUGGACAAUGAGCUCAUACGAAGACAAGCGGUAUCAAGGCGUCGGCGAGCACUCCUACCUGUUCCCUUAACGAAAGAUUUAGAAUCCAGAUUAAACGAUAAUCCAACUGCUCUAGAUAUCCGUAAAAUCAUGCUACCUUCUAGACAACAGUUAAAUUACAAAAAACUUGACGUUAAUUUAACACACGAUGACAGUGAAAAUGAUUUGCUCAAAUAUUUACAAAGCAAACAGCUGCGAACAAGACGAGUGUCACAAGCCCUUUGGAAUCAGCCUAUCAGCGAAACACCUGAAAUACCGGAAGCGAGUAGAACGCGUAGACGGAGUGUUGCGCCAGUAGCGUUAAAUAACUACCGGCGUCGUUUAAGUUUAGCCGCGCCAGAUCCAUCGAGUGAAGGUGCAAGACGGCGUGGAAUAAGCUCCGGGAAUGUCCUGAAAGGACUAGAUUCGCCUGCUAGACGAAGACUGCGUUUUAAACGAGGGGCGCAUUCUCUUGCUUCAGAUGACUUGAGUGAAUCUCAAAAUCUCUUUCCUUUGACUGAAAGUAUUAGGGAAGAUGAAGAGAGUAAUGGGGAAAGCGAUAAGAAAUCUGACAAAACGGAUGAGUCAGCAAAAGCUCAAAAUAAUAUCAAUAAAGGUGCUUUAACAAAUCUGUUCAGUGGUAGAAGUAAACAUGGCUCAUUGAAACGUUCACAAACACAAACGGAUGACUCGAAGUCGUCACCUAGUGGCAGCUUGAGGAAAGGUGGUUCUUUUAAAGGACAGGCAAGUAAACCCGGCCCCAUAAAGGGCUACAGAAGUCCAACUCAGGGGUCAAAACACUCUGAUAGAGGUAUUAAAUUUGUUUCCCCGAAACAUAGCCCAAGUCUCGCAAAAAGAAAACCAGUUUUAAGGUCGCAUUCAGCGUUUGCUGAGAUCGAUGAGGAUAAAGAAGAAGAAACUUCUCCCAAAACAAGUAGUAUGCGAAAAAAUCUGUCUUACAGUAAGGCUAUAUCUUCAGAUAUAUCUGAAACAAAAGACGAAAAGGAAUAAAUAGCUGGAUGUUUAUUUCAGAAUAAUUAAUUACUGCUUGUAGAAUCAGUUGACUUUUUGUCAGACCGAAUGUUUGAUUUUUUUAUCAGAGAUAUUUACUGCGUAGAUUAUUUUGCACGGUUUGAUGGCAGGCAAUUCUUAAGCGUGUUAGAAAAAACAUUCAGUUUGAAACACCUAGUUUCAGGUUUAACCGUUUACGCAGAAAAGCAGUUAUCAAUUUGAUAAAUUUAAGCAGGUGUAUGUACUGUUGGUCCAAAACUGUGGAAUGAACUGCCGUUAGCAUUACGCAAAAUUAUUUCACUUGAUACAUUCAAACAAAAUCGUAAGACACUGUAUUUUAGAGACUUUAUGGCAUUGUUUUAAAUUUUUUGAUAAUUGUCUUAAAUGCGAUAACAGCAGGCGUUAGGUUUUAAAUUUUUGUGCGUUUUUACAUAUUAUCAUUUAUAUUUUUAAGGCUUGUUUAUUUAAAUGUACAACGCCAUUGAAUAUAUCAUUAAUCAGUUUCAUUUUCAAUUUCAAGUAGGUUACAGCUAAAGCAUAAUAAGUUACUUAUACAGUCUCUGUAAAGUUGCACUAAGGCGGCUUCAGUCUUAAUCAAAUUACCUGAAAAGAGACUGAAUCAAUCAUGACAUUCAGCAUUUUGUAUAAAAAACAAGAUCUCUACUACAAAUGCGAUUACUCAAACAAUUCCCCAGGAUAGUUUUGUUUAGAAUGUCAAGUUGGGUUUAUAAACCUUAGAUGCUGUCAGGGCUUGACCUGUUCUGUUAGACACGGAAAAGUCAUUACAGUAACUGCACUAACUGCACGUUUACCUUUCUGUUGGAAUAUAGCGCAUGGUUACUUUACAACUUAUAAACCUAUAUAUUUUAAAUUCCUAGUUUUUUUCUAACAGUCCUGUUAUCAUAUAAAAUUAUAAUAAAUGAUUUUGUCAAUUUUAUUUUGCUUCACGAGUUUCAAUUUUUCGUUUCAGAAUAACAUAUUGCAUGCAUCUGCAUCAUUAGAAGCUGUCAGUUCUGAAGACUCGCACGAAACAUCAACAGUUUGAUAAAUGCCAGCAAAUACUAGAUACAUUGCAUUGUAUGCCCAGAUACGUGAGCUAGCCCUCUGCUUUUUCAGUGCCAUCGCAUGUGAGAUUCAGCAAAAAAGACACCAAGCAUGGCUUCUUAUCCAUCCCCACCGAAAGAUUCUCGAAGCAUAGAUAGUUCGCGCCUUUGCUUAUUAUAUGCAAAUCAAUGAAAGGGUUACACAGGAUUUACAUACGAAAAGUGCCUCUGAACUUCCAAACGAUUGAAAGUUAGUAAAGUUAUUUAAUAUGAAUCAGGAAAAUCUUAGUUACAGUAAAAUAAAUCGUUUUUUAUGUAAAAAGAGGUGUGGUCAGUUUCGCCAUGUUUUAUUAUUUCAGCUAUCAUUGAUAAAAGAAAAUCAAUUUACUUUAGACAUUGCAUUUAGAAAUUUCUGAAAGGAGAGGAGACAAGUUAUUUCACAUUUUGUCAUUACAUUUUGAAACUUUGGAAAAAGGAGGGGCCAUUUUCUGAUGUAAAUCCUUCAAACCCAUUUACCUGCUUUGGUUUGGAAGCGAGCGUGUAAAUUGAGUAUUUGUGUUGCUUGAGAAAUCAAAUCAUUAUUAAGUAAUAUUUGAUAUUAAUAUGAAACAAGUAAAAUUUUGUUUACACAAAUUAAAACACGUUACACAACAAUUCCGUUCAAUUCUUUUCAAAAACUUAUAUAUUUUUAUAUACAAUAUAUGAUAGAAAUCCGUUGGCAAUGACAACACUACAUACAUAUGGCGAUCGUCUUGAUACAAUUUGAACGUUGUUCACUUUUACAAAAUGUACAUUGUAAGCUUACAUCAAUAACAAUGGCAGUUCGCCUAGAAGCAUGAUUUGUGGAUAUAAGUCAUUGACAGAAGGUUGUUCAACCACUUAAAAUCAUUUAUUGCAGAAACAGGCUUUCCUUGUUCGCACUAAUUGAUAUUGCGGCAUUAUUAGAGAAUUCCUGUCACAAACAGUACUAAUUUAAAUAUGAAUCAUUUUGAAUAGGGAUAAUGUUAUCAUUUCGCAUGAUUGCUAAAUUAACUUCUGACAACAAUUUUCUAAUAGUUUUGACAAUUAGACAAUUCAUGGAGUCUUACAGAUUAGUUUCGGUGUGUACAAUGGGGUGAUGUUAAUAGUGUAUACAGUUGCAAGACAGUCAAGUCAGUGCUCUCAGACCAUGUGUAAACUUCGGUCCAAGUACAUUAGCUUUACAGUAUUGUAAAUGUGCCUCCGAUAAAUAAUACACUACACUACGAAUAUCACCCACACUACACUUCAUAACAAACCUUAAUCCAAGAUCUCGUGCAUUAACCGUACGACUGAUUUCAAAGCAUGGCGCUACACUGUACGCACAGUUUCUAUUUUCAAUGUCGACAUAUAUUUAGGUUAUAUUUUGUUUUGGGGUUCUAUCUGGGUUUAGAACAGUUUUUCAACAUUAUUUCAGUUAUGCAACGGCUGGUAGUUAACAUAACCAGUGUUCAAGGAGUAGUACUUGUACUGCCUUGUUCUCCACACUAAUAACAUGUGGUGACGAAUUCAAUACCAUUUCAUCAAGUAGUCAGGAAGAACAUACGCCUCACCAUAUGAUCGAAAUCACGACUGGAAUCGACAUACGGAAACGAAUAUCAUUUUAUUUAAUUCAAGGCAAACUAUGAGUUAAUUUAUUAAAACGGAAUCGUUACUAUCUUCUUAAAGACAACAUAUGAAAAUAAAAGAUGUUUAUGCGUCGGGCAAUUCAAAUAAGGGGUUUAAACAAGUUAAGCGGUUCUCUUUAAUCAGGAUCAAAUAUUCCAGAAACAAGCACAUAGACCUGUCCAUUUUAUUCCAUUCUCUUAUACACCAUAUUAGACGCUUCAAUAAUAUAAUCACUGUUGAAAGAGUUAUGUUCCAGAAAAUGCCAUCAAUAUUUUAUUAACCUAUAGACUUCCGUUAUAAAAACGCGCGUUGACCAGAGUUUUCAUAUCUCACCAACACACCUGGGUUUUUUAUUUGCAUUAAUUUUCUAUGUAUCAAUCAUUUCUUAUUAUUGAAAGAUUUACCUGAAGGUACACCACAUGUAUUGUAUUCUUUUAUUUCAUUUUAAUGGGCUCAAGUUGCUUUCAAAAAGAUCGUAUUUAUAAAUAAUUUGUUUGUUAAUUUUGAUUGCUUAUUUUAGUAAGCUUGAUUGUAUAAAACGCAUUGAAACUGUGUUUGAUAUAUUAGUAAAUACGAAUAAAUUGUGAAAAUUGUAUAAUAAUAUUUUAUAUUUCACCACGUAAUGUUUGAUCUUAAAAUAUUUAUCAUUGUGUUUUUUGUUUUGAUAUUACAUAUAGUAAACGGUGGACUGUGAUAAUUGUUCUUGAAUUUAAGCUAUGACUUGCAUUCGUUUGAAAAGUUUAAAAGUUUAAAUAAAAAUGACAUAAGUUAAA